AUGUCUUGCUCGGAUUCCUGUCUCCAAAGAUGCUGCAAUGUCCCCACUAGCCCAGCCACCACCAUCUGCUCCUCUGACAUUUGCUGUCCAUCUGAGAUCUGCCUGCCCAGCACCUGCCCACACAAGAUCAGCCUCCUUCAGCCCACCUGCUGUGACACCUGCCCCCCGUCCUGCUGCAUGCCUGAUGCCUACGUACCAUCAAGUUGGCUGCUCAACAAGUGCCACCCUACCCCAAAUUUGAAUGGGAUCUCUGUCAUCACCUACGUCCAGUCUUGUGAGUGUGAACCUUCUUGCUGCUAG